AUGGAUCCUCCGGGGCAGCCUGACAACAAGCGCCCCCGUCUCUCGACGACUAACUCUUGGUCACCAACGGGCGGUCCGCAACAUCAACAACUGCCACCGCUACACCAUCCGCCGCCGCCGCCGCCCUCCUCGCACCCCUCGACGCCGCACCAGGCCCAUACCCUCCCGCCUCACCAUACAGCCCAGCCCGCGUCCUAUAACCAUCAGUCGCAGCCGCCGUACCCUCCUCGUUCUGUCGAGCCUCACCAUCCUUCCCACGCCGCGCCGCAACACCAUCACCUUGAUGAUCGAAGACACCAUGAGCAAGAGCCUCCGUACGCGCCGAUGCAGGAUCACUACCGACACCCAGCCUCGCCUGCUCACCCUCACUACCCACCGUAUCCCGGCCGAGACCCCGGCGGCGUGAAGAGAGAGCCGCACGAAGAGAACCUCGCCCAUCCACGACGGCCGCACUCGACGGGAGGCGGGCCAGCGGACGGUCUACCUCCGCCGCACCCUGCGCCCCCUCACCCAUCUCAUCAGCCCUAUCCAGACGACUCUCGACGACACAUGAGCUACGAUAACGGGCCCCAGCAGAUGCCCCCGACGCCGGGGGGCUACCGAGGCAGUUUCCCCCCUCCUCCCAUGGUCCAGGCGCCGCCGCCGCCUCCUCCUCCUCCACAACACUACGAGCAACCGCCUCAGUUUCAGGCUCCACAGGAGUCCAUCUACAACAACAUCCAAUACUCGUCGACUGCGAAGCGCAAGGCAACACGAGCCUCUCAGGCUUGCGAUAGUUGUCGGCAACUCAAGGCGAAAUGUGAUGAAACCAAGCCUUGCAAGAGCUGUAGAGAAAAGGGAGUCGAGUGUAAAUACCGCGAUCCCAUUCCAAAGGCUAUCGACAAAGGACAGACCGACAUCCUGGAGGCGAUUUCCGAGAUGAAGACGGCGAUGGAGGCCAAGUUCGAAGCGCAGAUCCUCGAGCAGCAAAAAUGGAUGAAGAAGAUGGAGACGACGCUCAAGUUCCACAACAUCAAAAUGGAAAAUGAGCCGCUGUCGGCAGACCUCUCCCCGGUUCAAAAAUCGAUUGUCAAGUCGCCUUCACCGAUUGCCGCCGCGCCGCCUGUCGACAGUUAUCCCCCGAACGAAGUAGAAAUGGAAGAGCCGCAUCCUAUGGCUGUUGGUGAGACCGACUUGGCCCAGCAGAUGCACGACGCCGAUAUGGAAGCCGAGGAACAGUUGCCGCCGGGAGAACCCGUGGCCCCGGGCGCUCCUUCGAUUCCCGCAAAUCACACUACCAGAGCCGAUAUGUUGUUGUCGUGGCCGGGAAUCAAGGAGCUGACCGAGGGAAUCCUGGAAAGAGAGGGGGUUAAGUACCCUCAAGAGUACCCCAUCGCUCAAGAGGAGAAGCGGGGAGUCUUACGUCUAUACGGACGCGGUGAAGGCAGUGGCCAGGAGCGCACUCCUUCCGCUGCUGCCACUGGCGCCGCUUCCACAUACGAGCGAAGCAGCGCGGCCGAGGCAUAUGGGACCGUCGACGCAAUCGAGGACAGUUUUUCCGAGACUGGCAACUCACCCUCGCCGGGUGAUGCAUGGGGUCAAGUUGGGGGCUGGAGUCCGCCCUUGAAUGUGGGAUAUACCAGCAGGACCCUUGUGGGCGACGGCCAUCCAGAUUUCGCCGAAGAAACGGUCAAGUCGUAUGUGCACAGCUUUGAGAAACACAUUCUGAGCUUGCAUCCCAUUCUUCCUCUUGGCGACUUAAGGAGCUUGGUCAAGCGCUUCCUGGACAGCCUAGCACAGACCGAGAAGAAGACGAAGCCUCAAGCCCCCGGCGUGGCCAAGUUCGUGCCGCCAACGAGCUACCCCGAGAUGUCCAACAAGCGGAAGCGUUCGCCAGCAGGCGACCAGCCCGACGAGCCUGCUCCACUACCCAGGAAGCCCGGCAGACCGCACAGAACUAUUGAGAACGCCCUCGUCCUUGUCAUUCUCGCUCUCGGCAAAAUCUGCCAGCAUGAGUCCAAGAUCCCAGACCUACCGCGAGACACGCCCGAGCACAACCACAACUCCCCGGCAAACAGAAAUGGCUACCCGUCCUCUCCCGGCACACAGGCAUCGCCCCCUUCCUAUUCUGCGCACUCCCAAUCCUCGGGGCUGCCUUCGCCCAAGGAGCAGGCCAACGGCCUCCCGAGCCGGCGUCAGUCGAUGCAGGGCAGCGGCGUUCUCAAGACAGGCCACUCACUGAGGCGCAAUUACGACAUCAUCCCUGGCCUGGAGUAUUUUGCCUAUGCUUCCGAUAUCAUGGGCAACCACAUGGCCGGAUGGACCAUAAAGCACGCGCAGACAUUCAUCUUUGCCGGUCUGUACUAUGGCCAGUUGGGCCGAGUCCUAGAGAGCGAUGCCAUGUUCUUCAACGCCGCUCGAGCUUUGAACAUGAUCAUGCGCCGUGACAUGAGUCGCUUCUUCAAGAUGGGGGUGUAUAACCUCCCCGAGAGGAAGCGAGACAACUCGGUUCUUCUCGCAUUCUGGAGCUGCCUGCAGUUGGAAAAUGAUAUUAUUGCGGAACUAGAACUCCCACGAUCUAGAUGCCAGGACUACGAGGAACAGAUGCCCUGGCCUAAUAUGAAGCUCAUGGACGACGGCUUUUCGGUCAGGGUCCGGGAUUCUUACAUUGGGCAGCUCUACCUGCGCAAGACGCUUAACACGAUCCACAAUCUGCUGUACGACCCCAAGGAGCAGCACGUUAGCGUGUACGAGAAGAUGAGAAAGGUGAUGGCGUUAGAGCAACAACUGCGAAGCAUGACGUGGGUUUCAAACGACUUCAGGUUCAAUGAGGAAGACCCUCCAGCGACCGACCUGCUGGAUGCGAGACUGCGUGCCAAAUACUGGGGCGCUCGAGUCAUCAUCUACCGGCCCUUCAUCAGGUUCAUCCUGGAGGUCUCCGAGAAGCUCAAGCAACGCUCCGACGACUCGGGCAUUUUGAACAAGGAGAACAUGGGUGCCAUCGGUGUCUUCAACCCUAACGACGCAACGGCACUCGUGGGGCAUGGCUCUCACGGUAUCCGCGGACACGACGAGCUCGACCCGGAAGUAAAGGCGUGGGCCGAAAGGGGCAUCAAGGCACUCAUCCAGAGCACUCGGGCCUUCCACGGUGUAGACAACAAGCGACUCCUUGUGACCAACAUCUUUGGCACAGCACAUGCGCAAUGGGGCAACCUCCUGAUCUUGGCAGCCGCCUACAGGGACCCUUAUCUGACUCGCCUCAUUGAGCGGUCGCAGCUACAGGAGCUAUUUAGGCGGACCAUCGCAAUGUUCAACAUGCACGCCCAAUCUUCCAGUGCCCUGACGAUCGACAUGCACAUCCUGGAGCACAUCGAGAGGGAGCUCUUCAACGAACCGAGAGUGGCGUCCAGCAGCUUCUCGAGCACACCCAGCAUGACCGGUCCCACGAUUCCGCCGCCGCCGCCUCACCCGCCUCACCCAGCGCCGCCGGGUCACCACCACAACCAGGGCCCGAUGUCCAUGGCUUAUGCGGUUGAGCAGAACCCCCACAGCGCUCACAAUUCUCCGGGCCAGGGACACCGCAUCCUCAGCAACGGAUCAAGCCACCCGUCAAACCACCACCAGGGUUAUCACGGAUACUCUGGAUCACCGGGUCAGCAGCCCAUGCAGAUGUAA